UUAAACCCUUUUGUGGAUCACUAUAAAUUUCUUUUAAAUUCUCAUCCUUUAAUCCCGUUUUUCUCUCUUAUCAAAAAAGCCAAAUCUUUACUGCUUUCCCUGUAUUUCAGCUCCUUCAUCUUCAUCUUGUUGGAUUCGAUUCCGAACCCAUUAAGCUCCUUUCGUUUUCUGGGCGACCCUUUUCAGAUUGAGGCCAAAUGCAGACCAUUUCUGGGGGAUGACCGCCAUUAAAGCUCUGAAUCUCUUUCUCCACCUACUUGUGUUUGGGGUUGGUGCAUAGCCAUUUUAGUCAUUUACUAGAGAAUUGAAUAUGAUGGGGUUCUUGAAGAGUGUUCGUUUCUCACGCGCCUUUUGGUGGUUGAUUGUUGGUCUCAAUUUGCAUUUCAUUGUGGGAUUUUGAGGUGCAUGGUGUGUGUUCUUCCCCUCUUCAGGAUUUAAGGGCUUCUGCAUUGGAGCCCUCGAGUUUUGGAGGCUACAAAGAUCAGGAGUGGUAAUUUAGCUGCUUGGAUUUUUGACCGUUUGGAGAGGAAGGAGUGUUCUGGGUUUGGCUUUAAUUUCGAUUCGUGUUGAUUAUGUGUUGAUGGGUUUAUGGCGAAGAAUCGUGGGUUUUAAUUCCUUUUGAGCAAGGAAGAUUCCCAGUCUAAAGUUGUUUGAGGCUUUGAGAGAGCUUCUAUAACAAGGAACCAAAAGGGAAAAGCAAUAUCUGUAUAAGCAAAGAGAAUUUGCAACGGUUCAAACCUUGAAAGCUGCUUUUUUACACACACAGACAUAGACUAUAGCAAGUGCCCGUUGUUGCUAUUAACCAGAGAUUCACAAGUCUGAUGAUAUUGCAGCUUAAUUUCUAGGAAAUUAUUUAUUGCACAUUUCAGUUACCAUUUCUUUGGAUCCAAGGUGUUAUAUAUACCUGGGUUUAGCUAGUUCUCUGGGAAUUUGGGGUUGUGCCCAGCUGGUUUGAGCAGCAUUGUUGGGUUUUUGACAUUUCAAAGCAUCGAUGGGGCUUCUUUUCCGAAGUCUCGUGAUACUAGUGGUUCUGAUAUGGUUGUCACGGCUGUCAUAUCUCUCGGCAGAGCUUUCAAGUGGCCAAGCCGCUGCUCUCGACGUGCUUCUUCAAGACUAUGCUUACAGGGCCUUUGUUCGACCCAAGACUGGAGUUCCCUAUGAUGCGCAGGUUCCUUCGAAUUUGACUGGAGUUCAGAUUGCAGCUUUGAGGCUUAGGAGUGGAAGCUUGUACAGGAGAGGUGUUGUGUACAAAGAGUUUGAGUUCCCAGUGGGAGUGAAUGAGAGUCCAUACGCGGAGAGGCUUGUUCUGGUGUACCAGAACAUAGGCAAUUGGUCAGUGGUGUUCUAUCCAUUACCAGGUUAUUCUUACUUGGCUCCAGUGUUGGGCCUCCUUGCUUAUGAUGCUAUCAAUUUAUCAGCGAAAAGAUUACCAUACUUGGAUAUCAAGGCAACUGAUGAUCCCAUAAAGAUCAAAUUUCAGGAUGUGAAACCAUACCCUGAUGGCGCUGUGGUGAAGUGUGUAACUUUUAAUUUAGAUGGCUCUGUCAAUUUGAGUGAUGUGGGAUCAGGCAAUACAUGUUUAGCAGUCCAACAGGGGCACUUCGCUAUUGUGGUGGAGUCCAUUGCUCCUGCUCCAUCACCGGUCACCACCCCUAAUAACGGAAGUCCCCCAAGUCCUGGUGGUAGAGGAAAGAAAAAGAGUAAUUCAAAAACAUGGAUAAUUGUUGGGUCUGUGCUCGGUGGAUUAGCAUUGUUGGCAUUGUUGGCAUUCCUGGUACUGUGGGUGCAUAAAUACAGGGAAAGAAAGCAUUUGGAAGAGAUGGAGAAGGUUGCAGACUCAGGAGAAGCUUUGCAUAUGACAACAGUUGGAGAUACAAAAGCACCUUCAGCAAUGGUUACUCGAACACAACCUACAAUCGAGAGUGAAUACGUUCCCUGACUUCCCCACCAUCUGUACAAGCUUCCAAGUCCUUUCCAGACCACCAUUCAUAUUCAAGUUCAAUUCCUGUGGAUCACACACCCUCUUUGCUUUUCUGCCUAGAUUCUUUGUUUUACUGUGAGUACAUUAGGAUUUUUGUGUAAAUCUGUUAUUACUCACCAAUAGUUUACUGUGAUUCAUUGUGGUGUGAGUUUAGCACAGAGUGAUUCUAUAUUGUGAUAAAUUUAGUUGUUUCAUUAACAAGAAAUCAUAAGCUUC